GGAUCAAUGCAGGAGCACACACACACACACACACACACACACACACACACUGGCUCGCUCUGUCCGCGCAUCCGCUGCGUCGCGUCGCUGCGUCUCUCUCUCUCGCUCGCGGCUGACGCGGGCCGCUCCUGGAUAUGUGCAUGUUGUAGGAUAGCCGCAUCGCAUCGCAUCGCAGGUCGAAGGCCAGGAGACAUGCCGGUGUGACGGGCGUCGGAUGUCCGUGUCUUCCGCGCUAUCUUCGCCGGAGCGAGCGGCCUGUAAACACAAGAUGUCGACCAGAACGCCAUUGCCCACCGUUAACGAGCGCGACGCCGAGAAUCACACAUCUGUCGAUGGGUUCACCGACACACCAGCACCGCCCACGAAAUCGGCGAGUCGACAGAGUCUCCUGCGCUGCCGUAACUCAGUGGCAUCCAUCACAGACGAACAGCCUCACGUCGGGAACUACAGACUCCUCAAAACCAUCGGCAAAGGGAACUUUGCUAAAGUCAAACUUGCCCGCCAUAUUUUAACAGGAAGAGAGGUAGCGGUGAAGAUCAUUGAUAAAACUCAGCUCAACCCCACAAGUCUACAAAAGCUCUUUCGUGAAGUGAGGAUUAUGAAGGUCUUAAAUCAUCCUAAUAUAGUUAAGUUAUUUGAAGUCAUUGAAACAGAGAAGACCCUUUAUUUAAUAAUGGAGUACGCAAGUGGAGGUGAAGUGUUUGACUACUUAGUCGCUCAUGGGAGGAUGAAGGAAAAGGAAGCCCGAGCAAAGUUUCGACAGAUUGUGUCUGCAGUGCAAUAUUGCCACCAGAAGAGAAUAGUCCACAGGGAUCUCAAGGCUGAAAACUUGCUGCUAGACGCAGACAUGAAUAUAAAGAUAGCAGACUUCGGCUUCAGUAAUGAGUUCACCAUCGGGAGUAAGCUGGACACGUUCUGUGGCAGUCCUCCGUACGCAGCUCCCGAACUCUUCCAGGGGAAGAAGUACGACGGGCCAGAGGUGGACGUCUGGAGUCUGGGGGUCAUCCUCUACACACUCGUCAGCGGCUCACUUCCCUUUGACGGACAGAAUUUGAAGGAGCUGCGAGAGAGGGUUUUGCGAGGAAAGUAUCGUAUACCGUUCUACAUGUCCACAGACUGUGAAAACCUUCUGAAGAAGCUGCUGGUGCUCAAUCCAGGCAAACGUGGAAGUCUAGAGCAAAUCAUGAAGGACCGCUGGAUGAAUGUAGGUCACGAGGAAGAGGAACUGAAGCCCUACACAGAACCUGAGCCAGACUUCAGCGACACCAAACGGAUAGAGCUGAUGAUUACUAUGGGUUUCCCUAAAGAUGAGAUCACAGAGGCGUUAUUAGGGCAGAAGUAUGAUGAGGUCAUGGCCACCUAUCUUCUGCUGGGCAGGAAACCUCCAGAGUUUGAAGGAAGUGAUUCGCUGUCCAGCACAAACCUGUGUCAAAGGUCACGACCCAGCAGUGACCUGAACAACAGCUCUACGCAGUCACCCGCACACUCCAAAGUCCAGCGCAGUAUCUCGGCCACGCAGAAACAGCGCCGAUACAGCGACCACGUCGCUCCGUCCAUACCUCCGGCCGUCUCCUACACCAAACGCUCUCAGGCCAACAGCGUGGAGGGAGAGAAGAAGGAGGAGGCCAAGCUGCCCUCCUCCAGCUCUAAAGGAGACAUGGCCGUCUCUCCUCUGGUGGCCCAGGAACGCAGGAAGUCCUCCACAGCUUCAGGGAAUAGUGCUGCAGGAACAAUGACCAGGAGAAAUACGUACGUUUGUGAGAGAUCCAGUACAGAGCGCUACUCAGCCGUUCCCAACGGCAAAGACAGCAGUCUGACGGAGAUGUCAGCCUUGGCGAGUGCAUGUACAUCCAUGUCUCCAGGAGCGUCGUCCGCGCUGGCGUCCACUCGUCCGCGUCAUGUGAAGUCCAUGUCGGCCUCAGGCCACCCCACCAAGUCUCCGCUGCCGCCCAUCGAGGACAACGCUGAAUUCAAGGGCUCUGUCUGUAGGGCUCCGUCCACGUCUCCGUCUGCUCACAGCAUCAGCAGCAUGACUCCGGAUCGGACUCGCUUUCCUCGGGGCACCUCCAGCCGCAGCACCUUCCACGGGGCGCAGCUCAGAGACCGCCGCAGCGCCACAUACAACGGCCCUCCGGCGUCGCCCUCGCUGUCCCACGACACGGGCGCCCUCGCCCAGGCGCGCAGGGGAACCUCGUCCGGAUUCAUCAGCAAGCUCACCUCCAAGUUUGUGCGGAGGGUACCGAGUGAAGGAGAGGCCCGCGGUCGGGCGUACAGUCUGAGGAGCGGAUCUGGAGAACCCAAGGAGGAAGGCCGUGACUCGAAGCCCAGAUCGCUGCGCUUCACCUGGAGCAUGAAGACCACCUCGUCCAUGGAGCCGGGGGACAUGAUGAGAGAGAUCCGCAAGGUGCUGGACGCCAACAACUGCGACUACGAGCAGCGCGAGCGCUUCUUGCUCUUCUGCGUGCACGGGGACGCGCGACAGGACAGUCUCGUCCAGUGGGAGAUGGAGGUGUGCAAACUGCCCCGCCUCUCGCUCAACGGCGUGCGCUUCAAACGCAUAUCCGGGACGUCCAUCGCCUUCAAGAACAUCGCUUUCAAAAUUGCCAAUGAGCUCAAGCUGUAAGCAAAGGGUUCGAAGAAAUACACAUCUAUAGGGAACACUAAAAAUAAAAGGAAUCUCGCCGGGAACAUUUUGAGUUACUGCUUCUGUAAGCUACUGCUGUAAUGUGUAGUGGAGAAAACAUAUGAAUGCAAAGAGAUGCAAAGAGAAAAAACGCCCUAGCCUGAUCUUCACGACCUCUCGCAUAUACGUCUGGUUAAAACAACCCUCUUGCAAUAAUAUCGAAACCCGUUCAGGGUCGGCUGGACAGAGAUCUGUCGAGCGAAUUAUCGUAACAGACUUAAACCAACUUUUUCCACAUGUACAGUUAAGAUACAGAAUGUUUUUGUUGUAUUGAGUUGUAUAAUACAAGACUUUCAGCCUACUUAUGUGGAGGGGUUGUAUAGUCACUAUUGAGCUCUGUACAGAAUAAUUCUGUUCAAUGUGUCAUACCGGUUUAGUUGCUUUCUUCUUUUGUUUUUUUGAGACCACUCAGUUUUAACAGUUGUUUUAUAACUUAUCAACAUUUGUUUUUAAAGGGACAGUUGAUCCAACAAUGGACGUUCUGUCAUUUUAAUGUGGUCACAAGCCUGUAUGUGGAUUUGUUUUCAUGAAAGUAGAACAUUUUGAAGAAUUAUGCAAGCUUUGUCUGACUAAAAAAGCACCAAAAAUUAUAAAACACCAUCAUAAUAAUAAUCCACACAAUGCAACUUCGGUGGAAUAGCCAUACGUUACACUCGGUGUAACAAUUCAAAAUCUAAGUCGUUCAUCACUCAAAAUAUACAUUUUUUUAUUACAUGGCAGGACACAAUACUGACAGAAGUUUCAUUUCGGAUGAAUUCCCCUUUUAAUUCCGAGUGAGAAUCAGAUGUGAUCCUAAGAUCAGAAUUAACGAGUAAGUGUUUUGUAGAUGCAAUCCCAGAAAUUAGUGAACGAACGUCGCCGUUAUCAUUCCUUACAGAACAUGCUAACAUCAUGGAGCUGUAGUGCAGAAAUCCUGCAGUGUGUUUGGAGUUUCCCUUUGAAAUCCAGAAACAAGAAAAGCUUCUACUGUAACUCCACGACUUUUAUUUAUUACGCCAUUUAUGCCUUCCUGUUUUAUUAACUGUAGAAAUUCAUCCAGAGAAUGCAUGACAUAUUUGGUUUUUGGUAAACUGUUAUUUGUUUUGUAAUAACUGAUGAUGAAGAUGGGUUACGAUCGCUCGUUCUGGUACGUUCUGCUAGUUAUUUUGUACUGAAGUAUCGAAGGUUAAAUGUGCAAUGCUGUCUAUGUUGUAUUACUGUUAUGCUGACUUACGAGGUUGUGACUGCACACUUUUAAGGGAAGAUGAGCGUAGUUUGAGAGAAAGGAUUAGUGACUAAAAAUAUUAAAGGGUAAAGCUGUGAUUAAAGCUCAGAGAGGCAGUGAAUGUUCGAAUGUCCACUGUGAUGUUCCAUUUUGUGACGGUACUUUUUUUAUUUUAUUUUAUUAAAGGCUGUAUGGAUGAAACCGUUUGGACGGGAAGCAAGUGGAAGGCUGAGGAUCUCCAAAAAAAUGCAAUUAAACUCUUGAACACAUUUCAUCCUUCCACACCCUCUUCCCAUUUAUUCUCUGGACAUAGUACUGUACAUUUUUUGCGGAAAAAUCCCUUGGGACGCUGUGGUACAGUCCCACUGGAGCACAUUAAAGCUUACUUGAAAUGAGUCUUUGAGCUAAAA